UUGAUAUGAAAUCACGACAGCUGAUUUAGCCACCUUAAAACACCCCCAAAAAUAAUAAUUAAGUAAAAUAUUUCAUGUACUUUUAGAUGGAAACAGGAUGGCGAUGGUUUUGUAAUUUGGCUAACUAUAAGAAUUUGAGUAGUAGGAAUACAUUAUUUGGGUGGAAGACGGGUUACUGUUGACUCGCGUUGAUAAGUCUGUACUGAAAAUGGAUAGAUCUAGUUCCUACUAUUAUAAAUUAUAUGCCUAUACUAUUACUACUAACUUUUUUUUCUUUUUUUUUUUUUUUUUAAACCUGGGCUUAACAUCAACUGGGUAUACGUUUAGUUGUAGUAAAUUUUUAAAGCAAAAAAGGGGAAAGUCAUUAUAAUCAAUUAUUGCUAAGCCAGAAAAGAAACUUACACAUAUUCAUGAUUCAUAUUAUUUAGUCACCACUACUAGUCACUAGGCUAGUUAGUAGCGGCCUAUAAUUCUAUAAUUCACAAUAUUUUUAUUAGGACAGGGGAUAUUUGGGGUGGGGGUUUUAAGGCAAGGGGGAUCAAGGUUUGUAAAAUUGCAUCAGCGGAAAUAAAGAAAAUUUUAUAAUAAAGUAAAAGAACCUAUUUUGAUCUCUGAAAAUCAAAUUAUUGUAAUCCCACUCUAAGUCUAGGAAUCACGAGUAUUAAAAUAUUAUGAUGGUUAUUAAGAUAAAGUUCAUGUUGAUUAAAUAAAUUUAUUAACAUUUUCCUCAGUUUUUCAAAAAGAUGCUGUCUUAAAAUACACCAGUAAAAGACUUAAACUGAAACAUCCAAAUGAAUAUAGUUUCACAAUGGCCUCCAUGAAAACUAAGACCAAGACUGAAUCAAGUCCUAGUAAUAUAAGGAACAAGCAAAAAAUAACAAAUAAAGAUGAAUGUAUAGAAGGACACAACAUGAUUGCUGGAGGAGAGGGUUGGGGCAACAAACAAGUCAGGUCUUUAGUUGCCAGCAUUUGUAAUCAAUCCACUGAACAUCCAGGUCCUACAUGUAAUGACAAUCAUAAGUCCAGGAAACAAUGCAGUCAGAAAAGAACCAGGACUAGCAGCGUUAAUUGUGAAGAAACAAAUAUUGGUAAACAUACAAAAUCAUUCUGGCCAAAAACAGACCGCACCUUGCCAACUGAGAGCGGUACUUUUAAAAGUGUUUCAAAAGAUUUGAGAGCUCCAUUCGUUCCAUUUUCCAUUAGUUCAUCAAACAUAUCUAAAGAAAGAAAUAUCAAUGUUGGCUCUUCAACAAACAUGAUACCUGUAGUCGUAGAUCUACUUUCACGUUGUAAUGGCCAGGUACAGUCACAACAAGAUUCUAUGGCCAGACCCCCACUUAAUCUUUCUGAAGCCAUUCCAAAAAUUGUGGCACAGAAUUAUUAUAAUCCAAGGAUCCCCCACUCAUUUGCUUGUUCUCCAAAUAAUGCUAUAAAUACAGCACAGCAACGUUCAUUCAAUAUUCUGCCACAUACUACAGUACCGCUACAACCCUUCAACCCAUGGUUGUCUUUCAAUGGUAGAUUGCCAUACUUUUCAUCACAGCAACAAGCAGGCAUAUCUACCAAUCAAAGAACUAGUAGAACACACAGACACCCUCCAAGGAGCACAAAACAUUUUCAAGAUGUACCCACUGCCUGUCCAGGUAAUAAACAAAUGGUAGAUCCUAGAGAGAUAUUUCCAAUAUACAUACAUGUUUCUCUUUCUCUCUCCCCAUACCCUUUAUUAAUAUUAAUUAUUAAUGUGAAGAUAUGGAUGAUUUUCAUACUUUAAGAAUGUCAAAUGCCUAUUUAUGUUAUCAUGCUGUCCUGGCUGUUUUUGGAGAUCACUCCCCCAUCACACCAUUAUUUUCUUGAUACAGAACUGCCAAAAUCCAGCAUAAAUAUCCCAUUAGUUCAUAGCUUACCUCUGGUGCUAUACAUUAUUUUCUAGAAUUUGCUUAAGUCUCUACUAAAUCAGCUCCAUUCCAGAGAAAGCUGUUCUUAAUAUUUUCUCUGACUGUGUACGAGUUUAGCAAUGAAUAGACAAAUUUUGUUGGAAUAGAUCUCAAGGUUUUAAUGAGAAAUUAUUUAAUCUUACUAGUAUUAACUAGUAUUCAAAAAUGUUUAACAUCUGUUUAUAGUGGGCAAACAUUUAAAUUUUAGAGAAUCUCUAAAAGUCUGUAUGUACAUUGUUUAAUUUUAUGUUAUUGGUGGGUUCAACUUUAGUUAUCAGAAUCUAAUUUUAACUUAACACUGCUUUUAAGCUGUCCCUUGCAUUACUACUGUAAUGGUGUCAUGGUUAUCUCACUCAUUUCUCAAUACAACUAUGUUUCUGUAAUUUCCCUAAUAGACAUGCUUAAACAAUCAACAUCCUCUACCUGACCAGCUUAGACAUUCUAAUUAGCAUGGUGACACAGAACACUGUCCUUUCCCAACUUGAGUCAGUUUGGAUACCCUUUGUUGAGUGUUUCUCAGUUUCAGAAAAUAUGUGCCUUUAUUCUAACUUUAAUAAAUUAACUAAUUUUAAUUAUAUUGUUAUCUUUAACAAAAAAUAGCUACCCUUUGUUAUUGUAAUGUCCAUCUGAGCUAGGACUUAAUUGUUCUCAUGUUAUUUUCUCACAUCAGCAAAAACAAUUGUUAAUCCUUUCAAAAGUAAUAGAGCUGCUCAAAAUUUGAAAUAAAAUAAUUAUAAAACUCAUAUCUCCUUCUAGUUUAAAAUCUACUGUAAUAACAUGAUUAAUUAUUUAAAAUUAUAAGAAUUAGAUUUUUUUCAAAAAUUAAAUAAAUAGGUCAUGACAAUUAAUACAUUUAACGUCUCCAACUGUUGUAUAAGGAUUGUAUAUCUUUUUUAUUGCACACAGAAAUAACAAGCACCCCAAGAUGCUGGGAUACUUUAUGCAGCCCAGGGCCCAGCCCAGGAGCCAUGGAAUUUACGAUCAUGUCCUACAACAUCCUGGCUGAUGAACUGUUGUGGCUUCAUCAGGAUCUCUACUCUCAAUGUCAUGAUAAGCACAAGGAAUGGCCAAACAGAUCCAAAGCUUUAUUGACACAGAUCCUAGCCCAUAAUGCAGAUGUAAGUAUACUUAGCAUUCACUUUCCUAAGUAAUAUAUCAGUAAUAGGUGAUGUUUUACAAUUAGUUAAGAGUAUUUUGUCUUCAGGAUAAAUGCAGGUUUUGUUAAAGCAGUAAAGUGGACCUCUCAAAUUAGCCUGGCUCUGCCGGAGUGUAUUUCCCAGAUGUUUGGAUAAUUCUACUCUGCUAAAUGUUCUGCCAAUAAUAUUAUAAAUACCAGUAGUGUGUAAACUUGCAACUAUAAAGAAAGUAGUUGCAAAUCUCUUGUUUUCUAGAAUUUGUAAGAUCAGAAUAACUUAGGCUGUUUUUUUAGAUUAUAACUUUUUAUAGAUUUGUGAGUGUUUAAAAUUUAAUUUGACAUUUACUCAUAUGAAUAGUUUUUAUAUUUGUUUUGGAAACAUAAAUUUAAUCAUAGAAAACAUGUUCUCAAUAUAUACACAACAAUCUUUGUGAUUCUGUGCCACAAAUACACAGCUUGGGAGAAAAGUACUGCACAUUUUUUCAAGGGUUAUUUUGUCAGACAGCUUCUAAUUUCUAUAUCUCAGAGUGAAUGUGACAUUGUGUUGAAAUAGUUUCAUGGACCUAGAGAUUUGGAAUGGAAAAAUCUUUAUAUAAAAAUUAUUGCAGGAAUUUCUUUGUGACUCAGAUAAUACAAUUUCAGUGUUAUGUCUAUAGUUCUGAAUUUUAAUCUGCUGUAUUUGGAACUAUAUCAUUUACACGUAUUUGCUGUCAAAUAUUUAAAAAGAAUUGGUUGAUAGUGGCAUCUUCCAUUUAAAUAUCAAAGUCAUGACUAUAAAUUAUGUAGAAAGUUAAUCUUGUCAAGCUAAUGGAAAACUGUAGCCAGCAGCUGUUGUCAUGCAAAAGUAUUUCACUUAUUAUCAUUUGUAUUUCUUAUUUAUUUCAAAUUGAAACAGCACGUAUACUAUAGGUUGCUAUGUUUGCACUUUCUCUGCACGUGUGUAGAUUGUAUGUUUGCAAGAGGUACAAGAGGCCCAUUGGGUAAAGGACAUAUGUAAAACUCUUGAGGCAUAUGGUAGGACUUGUUAGAUAUUAAAAUAUGAAAUUAAAACUGUAUGUCUUAGUAGAUAUAGCAUAAUCCAAUGUUUUUCCAUGUAGAUUUUUUAACUCCCAUAACCCUCCAUUUUAAUAUUUUAUUUAGCUUUAAAUAAAAUCUGUUUUGAAACAAGAACUUGGCUUUUGCAUGGUGAAGUUUAUUUUUCCCUUGGUGAUUUCUAAAAGAUGAAAUUUAAGUUUCACAACACAAUUUACUUUACAUUUUUGCCUUCUAACAACUGUCCUUUACAUUCUUGUUGUCAAGGUUACAAGGGUAAAUUCAAGAAGAAAGAUAACGAUCAAACCGAUGGAUGUGCUAUUUUGUACAAAGAAAAAAAAUUCAGAUUACUCAAGUGUGUGCCUGUGAGCUUUAUGAGAGGGGGAAUUCUUGAUCGUGGUAACAUCGGCCUCAUUCUCAUUCUCGAGCCCCAGUCUUCAGUUUACUCUGGCAAAGUCGACAAAGUCUGCGUGGCCACGACCCACCUGUUGUUUAAUCCCAGACGUGGAGACGUCAAGCUGGCUCAGCUGAUGGUCCUCCUGGCUGAGAUUGACAAGCACGCUCACUUGGAUGUCAGAGAUGGGGCAGUUGCACAAGGUGAAGGGGACGCUGGUUCUUGGAGCAAGAAUGAUGGGGAAACCAAUAAUCCUAGAGGGAUGAUGGAUGGGGAACUUUGUGAGCAUGCCUCUCCUAGAAAAUCUCAGACUAAAACUAAAAAUAAAUCAGCAGACACAGAAGCCAAAACUCAAGACAGUGGUAGUUGGGCUGAUCCCACUAACAAUCCAAUACUGCAAGGUACUGACCCAAACACCAAUGCUUCUGCUUACUGUCCUGUUAUACUUUGUGGAGAUUUCAAUUCAGAGCCAUUCUCUGACUUUUAUAAUUUCAUUACAUCUGGACAUCUCAAGUAUCAAGGGCUCAUCUGCAGGCUAAUGUGUGGCCAGAAGGAAGGCCAAAUGGGAGGUGUGGACAGAGGGGUUGGUAGACAUCUGCUGCCCCAUGAAUUGAACAUAUCUCAGCAUUGCCAGUACAUCGAUCAGGUAAAAAACAGACAGAACUCGACUCAAAAUGCUGGCGGCUGCUUAACAAUAAAUUCAGGUGAAGUGUUCCACAAGAUGAAUUUUAAAUCAGUUUAUGAGCACUUCAUGUACAAAUCCGGCAACCGUGUGCGAGAGGUCAGCACCUGUCAUAACAGGGCCAUCACCACUGUUGAUUAUAUGUUCUACUCUGGGGUGAACCCUACGGGUGCAGAAGCUGAAAAACGGACAGAGAGCGCUGUUGAGGGUGGCAGCAGUGUGGAUCUCAUCAUUGAUGCACCGGCCACCAAGAUGGAACCCCUCGUGUUACUUGCAAGAUAUAGACUCUUGACCAAGAGAGAAGUGAACAAGAUGGGACAUUUGCCUAAUGCGAUUCUACCAUCUGACCAUUUGUGCCUUAUUGCUAAAUUUCUUUUGAGAUGACCACCCACUCUGUAAAUUUAAGUUUUAAAAGAAAGAUAUUUUAUAACUAAUAAGUAACCUGUGCCUCUGUGUUAAAUUACUUUUACAAUGAACAUCUUUACCUUUAUUAAUUUUGAUUUUGUUUCUACCAUGUGGCGUUAUUUAUAAUGAGUUUUAAAACAUGAGUAUACCUAAAUAGAUUGUAUAAAAUAAAUAUUGUUGAAUCAUUAAUUAAUUUAAACAGUUUUUGUUUGGUUUAAUUAAUGGGGCUGUUGUAAAGUGCUUAUGGGCUCAAAGAAAUAGAUUGUAUUAAAUAAAGAUAUUUGAUAAUUCAUUAUUUUAAACAGUUUUUGUUUUGUUUUAUAAAAAAAUUAAUGGGGCCAUUGUCAACUGCUUCAUGGUCUCAAAGGGGGAAUA